UGCAUUUAAGAAGACAAAGAUUUGAUAUAGUGUUAUGUGGUCAGGUAUCUAUCUUAAAAUUUCCACUCUCCUGUCCGAUUGUAAUCUGAUUUAUUUUGUGUUUUUGCCAAUCGUAACAACACGAAUCACGAUAGAUUAUUAUUAUCGCAGAUGUUCGUGAUAAUACGUCAAACGUCAAAAUCGAAGUACUAUUAGGUUAUGUGUUAUUAGAAAAUAAUAAUUGAGUUUAUAGUGUACAUUGUAGGGGAAAACAAUAAGCGUAUUUAUUGACCAGAUUUAUAUUUGGAAUAAUGUCUGCUUCUAGUACACACAGAAAAAAUAUAUUAUUAAAAGUUGUUAUCCUUGGUGAUGGAGGUGUUGGGAAGUCUUGCCUGAUGAACAGAUUUGUCAGUAAUAAUUUUGACAGUCACUCUUUUCAUACUGUUGGGGUUGAAUUUUUUAAUAAAGACAUCGAGGUUAACGGAGAAUGUUAUACAUUACAGCUGUGGGACACAGCAGGCCAAGAACGUUUUAGAAGUUUGCGAACCCCUUUCUACAGAGGAACUGACAUUUGUAUGCUGACUUAUGCUGUUGAUGAUAAGACCAGCUUCAAUAAUCUACUAAUGUGGAGGAAUGAAUUCCUCACAUACUCAGGCAUUAAAGAUGCCAAGCGUUAUCCAUUUUUAGUGGUGGGUAGUAAGGUCGACCUUGGUAGUGACAAACGAGAAGUUGAAGAAGCUGAGAUUCGCAGUUGGUGUGAAGAGAAUGGUGAGGUACCGAUGAUUGAGACAAGUGCAAAAGAUGCUAUUAAUGUUGACAUAGCAUUUGCAAUGGCUGUGGAAAGAUGGAAUAAACUUGAGGAAUUUCUCGAAAAAUCAAAUAACUAUUGUAGCGACACUGUUGAUCUACGUAACCACCAUGGGCCUAAAGUCAACAAGAAAUCGGGUUGCUGCGCAUGAACCAAAUAAUAUUGCAAUAACUAGUGAUACUAUUCGAUUUGACAUAAAUAGAUUUAUUUUGCGAUGGUAUAUUUUAUGUGAUAUAAUGUAAAGUAUUUAUUGUAUAAUGAAUAGUAUUUUUAUACCAAGAUUUAUGAGGGACCACAUAAUAUAAAACAUAUCAAACAUAAGUAUCUGUUACCAAUAGUGCUUUUAAUCUAUGUAUAGUAAAUCUAUUUUUACAAAAAUGAAAAUUUUGUAGAAAUAUUGAACCAAAAUAAAACAGAUUGACUAUUAAAUAGUGUUAUUGUGAUUUUAUGUAUUUUGUAAAUAUUUAUUAUAGAACAACAUGUUAAAUCUUAACUCAUAAAUUUAAUUUUUGAGUCAGUAUUAUUAAUGUGUAUUUGAGGCAGCAAUAAACUGUUUUAAAAUUA